AUGGGAAAGCCUACCACCGCUAGGAGGAGAUACCAAAUAGGGUCGAAAUCCGACGCGAAGGGCGGCAAACGCGAUGAAGACACCGCCAUUUUCAUCUACAUGUCUAAGGAAUUGAAGCAAGAAGGGAAGCGGUUGUACCAGAAACACGACCAUGAGGGCGCCAUGUUGAAGUAUGUGAAGGCCCUCAAAUUGCUUCCACCCAAUCACAUCGAUGUUGCAUCGCUGCGGACUAACAUGGCAGCUUGCUACAUGCAAGUGGGGAUCGGUGAGUACCCGAGAGCUGUAAACGAGUGCAAUAUGGCGCUUCAAGUAGCUCCCAAGUAUAGCAAGGCUCUGCUUAAGAGGGCGAGGUGCUAUGAGGCUUUGAAUAGGCUUGACUUGGCUCUAACAGAUGUGAGUAUUGUGUUGAGUAUGGAGCCUAAUAACACCACUGCGUUGGAGGUUGCGGAGAAUGUGAGAAUGGGGAUUGAGAAAGGCGGCCUUCCGACUGGAGAUAAGGAGGUUAUUUUGCCCCAUGAGAAUGUUCAUCCGCCUGUACCCCCACCCCUGCCUGUGCCUGGGAAGAUGGCCAAAGAGAAGGGGAAAAGGAAGAAAAAUACCAAGCUGAAGAAUGUCAGUGAAGUUGUGGAAAAGAAGACAGAGCAUAGGGUGGUUGUAGAGGAGAAAAUGGUUAUGAAGACGGUGAAAUUGGUUCAUGGUGAGGAUAUACGAGGGGCGCAGUUACCUCCCAAUUGCGGGGCUCGUCUGUUGAGGGAUAUAGUUGUUGACAGGUUCCCAAGUUUGAAUGGUGUGCUGAUCAAGUAUAAGGAUCAAGAAGGUGACUUGGUUACCAUCACUACCACGGAUGAGCUGAAGGUAGCUGAAGGACUGGCUCAUCGUCAAGGAUUUUUAAGACUGUAUAUUGCUGAAGUUAGUCCCGACAAAGAACCUAUUUAUGAAGGAACGGGCAUUGAAGAAGCAUUAAGCAAAGGCCAUCAGAAACCAUUGGUGGUAACAAAGAACAUUCAUGUAGAUGACAAAGGGACUUGUAUUGAGGAUUGGAUCGUCCAGUUUGCAAGUCUGUUCAAGAGUCACGUCGGGUUCGACUGUGAUUCUUACAUGGAUAUUCAUCAAAUGGGAAUGAAAUUAUAUUCAGAAGCACUGGAAGAUACUGUUACAAGUGUAGAAGCCCAAGAGUUAUUUGACAUAGCUGCAGUCAAGUUCCGGGAGUUAACUGCUUUAGCCUUGUUUAACUGGGGAAACGUUCACUUGUCUAAAGCAAGGAAAAGGAUGGUUUCUGCUGAACAUAGUUUAUCUGAAGCCGCUGAAUCUUCGGUGAAUCGAGUUAAAGAUGCUUAUGAUUGGGCAAAAAAACAAUACACAAAGGCGGGCAUGAAGUAUGAGGAAGCUCUUAAAGUCAAGCCAGACUUUUAUGAAGGGUAUCUUGCUCUUGGCCUGCAGCAAUUUGAACAAGCAAAGCUUUCUUGGUAUUAUGUACUUGGGAGCAAGUCUGACUUGGAGUUAGACUCGUGUUCACAUAUAUUGGAACUAUAUAACAAGGCUGAAGAUAGCAUGGAGAAAGGGAUGCAAAUCUGGGAAGAGAUGGAAGAACAACGCCUUAAUGGAAUCUCGAAAUAUGAAACAGAUAAAGCUUUGUUUCAAAAAUUUGGCUUGGGUGGUUUAUUUAAAGAUAUCUCGGUUGAUGAAGCUUCUGAGCAAGCAAAAAAUAUGAGUUCCCAGAUCAAUCUCUUAUGGGGCACAAUGUUGUAUGAGCGUUCAGUUGUGGAAUAUAAGUUGAGUCUCCACACUUGGGAAGAAUGCCUUGAGGUUGCAGUUGAAAAGUUUGAACUCGCUGGAGCAUCAGAAACAGAUAUUACUGUAAUGAUAAAAAAUCAUUGUUCGAACGAAACUGCUUUAGAAGGAUUCAAGGUCGAUGAUCUAGUACAGGCAUGGAAUGAGAUUGAUUCCGAUAGGUGGCGAUCUAAUGUGACAUCUUCCCACAUGGAACCACUUUUCAGAAGACGCUCUUCCAACCUUCAUUCAGCUAUGGAGAAUUUUGAGUGA